GGGAUCUGACAAGCAAGUUCGUUUGAGCGGGUUGCCACAACAGUCAAUGAAAAUUCAACUGGCCAGACAGAGCCGUCGACCGCAGUAGAUGCCGAAUGGCAGAUACUCCCUGCUCUUCCCUGGGAGGGUGAUUUGAAUGAGCUGGAUGUAAAUGACGGUGCGCCACCGCACUGGAUGUCUAGAUUUGUGUCGGGGCGAGAUUCACAGGCGCGCUCUACCUGGAAACGCUGUUAUUGAGGAGCAGAAACAGGAGAUAGCUGCACUUAACUACAUCAGUGCUCAGAGUCACACAGAGUUGUCGUGUAUUACCGCAUCCUGAUCUGAGAAAGAGAGAGACAGCCGUCGUGUGAGAGCAGCUGCCAUGACAGGGGUGGGGGCAGAGGAUGACAUCCCUCUCUGUGAGAGGAAAACUGUCACUGACUUCUGCUAUCUCCUGGACAAGUCCAAACAGCUUUUCAAUGGCUUAAGGGAUCUGCCUCAAUAUGGACACAAGCAGUGGCAGUCCUAUUUUGGCCGAACAUUUGACAUAUACACCAAGCUGUGGAAGUUUCAGCAGCAGCACAGACAAGUCCUGGACAACCGGUAUGGUCUCAAGAGGUGGCAGAUAGGUGAAGUGGCCUCAAAAAUUGGCCAGCUGUACUACCAUUACUACCUCCGCACUUCAGAAACAAGCUACCUUAAUGAAGCCUUUUCCUUUUAUUCGGCCAUUCGCCAACGAUCAUAUUACCACCAAGUCAACAAAGAAGACAGGCCAGAGCUGGUUGUAAAAAAGCUGAGGUAUUAUGCUCGCUUUAUCGUUGUUUGUCUUUUGCUCAACAAGAUGGACCUGGUUAAAGUGUUGGUCAAGGAGCUGUCUGAAGAGAUUGAGGACUACACCCAACGCUUCAACACAGAGGACCAGUUAGAGUGGAAUCUGGUGCUGCAGGAAGUUGCUGCUUUUGUGGAGGCGGAUCCUCUUAUGAUCCUAAAUGAUGACAACGCUGUGAUGGUCAUAUCCAAUCGUUUGCAGGAGGGAGGCGUGCCCCCUCUUGAACAGGGCAUGGUGGUUGGCCAGCUCACCUUGGCAGAUGCGCUCAUCGUUGGCAACUGUAACAAUCAGGUGAAGUUUAGCGAGCUGACCAUCGAUAUGUUUCGUAUGCUUCAAGCGCUUGAGAGGGAACCGGUGAACCUGGCUACACAAAGCUCCAAGCCAGGGACACUUGUAAGAGAAGACUCUUACACUCUCCCUGUCACUCUCUAUGAGCCCAAUGAAAAGCCGGCCAAGAGAGAGAACCCUCAUAAAUAUCUCCUCUACAAACCAACCUUCAGCCAGCUCUACACUUUCCUGUCUGCCUCCUUCAAGGAACUACCAGCCAAUAGCGUCCUGCUGGUGUAUCUCUCUGCCACUGGAGUGUUUCCUUCUGGACGCUCAGAGUGUGAAGGACCUUAUGAUUUUGGAGGUGUCCUGACCAAUACUAAUCGAGAUGUGGUAAACGGCGAGAUGGUGCAGAAGAGAAACCAGGCACAAAAAGAGAUGCACUGUCUCCACCCAGGAGACCUUUUCCCCUUCACCAGGAAACCUCUGUUUAUCAUUGUUGACUCAACCAACAGCACAGCUUAUAAGAAUUUCUCCAAUCUGUUUGGCCAGCCACUUGUUUGCCUGCUUUCUCCGACAGUGUAUCCGAAGAGCAUGCAAGACCAGUGUCAGCGUGGGAGUCUGUUUACUCUUUUCCUUUACAACCCCCUCAUGGGCUUCCUGUCUGUGUGUGGACUGAGCAGCAUGCGCUGUGGAUUGUGGGAAAAGGCCCAGGAACUCCUACGGAAGAUUUUCCAUGACAUUGGCCAGAUGAUCACGAGUUCCCGAGUUAUAGAUCAGGCCUUUCUGCAAUUUUACGGCGAUGAAUUUCUGCGUCUGCUCAUGAUCCGUUUCGUGUUCUGCUGCACCACACUCCGAUUACACAAGCUUUUCCGGGAAGCAAGGAGUUUUCCAGAAUCAUACCCCUCGCUGCCCAAACAGGAGAUGGUGGAGAGCAGCCUUCUACAGAAACAUGUGUUGGAGCUGGCGGCCAUGUUGGACGUGCAAAACCUCUUCUCUGAUGGCAUGUUGGAUAACUAUUGACCACAUGGUGGCACCAUGCCAACCUGCAGACACACGCACACACACGCUCAUGCCAUACACACACAAACACAAGUUGUAGGUUCUUCUGAAUAAGCUAGUUGUUUAACCUAAUCUCAUUAGAUCUAGAUUACAGUAGUUUAAUAACUAUUCAAGACAAAAUAUCUCAUCUUUGUGGGCAGAUAUUUAAAAUUUGUCGAGUUCACAUGUAUUUUUAGAUUUUAAGGAGCUACACACACACCCAGAUGCGAAAGAGUUGCUCCCAACAUACAGGGAAAUUUACUACAUGCAUGUAUCAUAUGAGUGUAUGAGCGCAGGCACACGGGCGUUCAGACCUGUCGAGGGCAGCUAUCGCCGUUUCUCAAGGUGAUAAGAGAGCACAAGAAGAAAGGAGACUUGGAAACAUUUUUUAAGUGAAUCGGUGUAAUUCCAGGGAGAUUCUUCCAAAAAGAUGAGCCUACGGCUUUGGCAAAACACAUUUUGGAGAAGGAAGUUUGUUUUCCUUCUCAACUCUUUGCCUCCGCAACGUUUACACAACAUUUUUCCAUAGGGAGCGUGUUGCAUGUUUGCAUUUCUUUGCUCCAUCUUGGCCUUUUUGUUUGUUUUCAUUCGUUAAAACGUGUUCGUUUUUCCAUCUUCACACAAAUUCCACAGACUUUCGCCUGGUCUUUCGAAGGAGGCCCACCGCGCUGUGCCUCUUUUGGGUUAUUUCGGUCAUCAGCUAAUUAAUUAACGCUACAUGGACAACAGAAUCUCCAUUUUUAUUGAGCGUUGAUUCUUUUUAGCAUGCCUCGGUACCAGUGUGGUAAGCCCAUACUUGCAUAGCUGAUGUAAUAACCUAAUGUCUUAUUCCAUGUGUGCAGUGGACACCAAUAGCCAACAGAGUUCUCUUUUAUAGUGUCACCGAGACGUACAGGCAUACUCCUGUAUAUAAGUACAAAUUUGUGUAUAUAUCUAUAUAUAAAUAUAUGUAUAGUUCUAUAAGAAGUCAAUGUGAUGCAGAGAAGUGUGUCUGUCUGGGUUGUUCGUCGUGGCAGAUCUGUGAAAAGAUGACCCUCUGCAUGUGACAGGGGCAGUGUUCUUUUGUCUAAUCUGUGAAUGGACCAUGCCACUGUCUCAACUGCACACCCUCCCACUGCUUCACAAGAGUGCAGUCAGCUGACAUUCCAAGGAUCAUGGCAUAAGAGCGUCCCUCUUUCACAACCCCAUCUGUCUCAAGGACAAGUGCACUGCGUCGGUCUAAUAAGAAGUGAUGUGUUCGGUGUUUCGUUUGUUUCAUUACGUCAUGAUGAUGAUGAUAAUUACAAUGAAAAUGGUUACAAUAAUAGCCUUGCACUUUACUUGCACUAUUUAAGUUUGAUUCCGAUGUUAUUUAUUGUGCUGUUGGCAAGAGGCAUGUCUGAACAUUCCGUUAUGUCACGCUUGGCAAAUAGCUUCUCAUAUUUUCUCCGUCUGUGAUCUAUGUUGACUGAUAUUUCAGCGUUUACCGACUUUCCCCCCCGAAUUGCAGGGUUGAUCGUGGCCAUUCGAAUGGGACCAAAAGAUUCUUGCAUGUGGAGAGCACAAUGUCCCAUACGAUUCUAGUACCCUGUCAUCUCUGUCUAUAUUUGAUAUUAUUGCACGUGGCUGCUUCCACUCGCAUCUUUUUUUUUUUUUUUUUAAAUAAUCCUCUUGAAUGAAAAGAGAAAAGUUUGCUAAUGAACAAAUCACUGCCAAACACAAUUAACCUUCCCAUGGAAUAUCCACUGCCCAAAUUAAGCAGACAACAGAGUUGCCUGUGCUCUCGCAGGCACAAAUUUGUUUUACGGCUUAGCUUUUUUUUUAUUGUCGUUUUAGUUUGCCAAAAGGAGAAGGGCUGGAUGGAGAUGAAGAGGGAAACAGAUGGUGGAUGUCACUGUUUCCUCUCUGUCUAGUUGUCUGACCUUGACUGGUGGACUGUCAAAUGUUUUUGCCUUAUUUAAUUUGUAUUAGUAUGUGUGUAUAACUUUUCACGAACCUGUAAAUUAACCCAGCAAGUCCUUGCUGGGACUGUCCCAGUAUAGUGCUGUAUUCACACCACAUUAUUUAGCUGAGAGCACAGGGGUGAAUACAAACUUUAAGCACUUGAAAACGUGAAAUUUAAGGGAAAAUGCAAUACCCUUUUUAAAAUCAUUUUAACAAAGCGUUUCUUACCAAUUGCCCAAAUUUCUGUAGUAGAUGCAUGUUCAUUAGCUAAUCUGUUAAAUGUUGAUGCCCCCUGCUCCAUUUAAAUGCAACCUGUAAAUGCAUUAGCGGCCAUGAUUGGAAGGAACAGAAAGAAAAUCAACUGCAUUUAUUUUCUAUUGUAAACACGGGGCCAGAUCUAAGGUGUAGUACAGGUGAUUUCUACCAGUUCCUACUGUUGUGGGAGGGAACAUUUUCAAAAAUGAUGUAAUGGUCAGAAUACUCUUUCUUUAUAAGUUAAGGGGUUCUAGAGUUGCUAGUUGAACAUACUUGCAUUGUCCAAUUGUCAUGUGUUUUUAAUCACUAAACUGUUUUGUCUUAUCUGUUGCCAAAUUAUAUUUGAUGUUUGUUGUUAAAUGCAGAAAAAAAAAAAAAGAAUACAGAAAAAAUGUGAUGAUACCAAACAUGCAAGCUUUUUGUUUUUAAGAAUGCUAUUCAAGAACAUUAAAAAGUUUAUGAAUGUUU